CGCGGCUCGCGUUCUGUUUACCUGUCGUCUGAAAACACGUGAACCGUGACCACGUGGAUCUGUGUGGGUGACACAGCGGCACGAAUUGACGCGGUGACUUCCGGAAAGUGGUGUAUUACUAUUUUGUGCGGAGACUGGUGUUUUGGAUCUCGACAACCGUGGACACGAAAACAACCGUCAACCUGGAGCCCACGUGCCAGAAACGACGGAAAUGUGAGGCCGACGGAAAGGAGGCGAAGGCGGAGCUGACACAACGCAAUAUGUUCCCUAGCGCUCAAAUUAAAAUGAGAUUGCUGUCGCCAAGCAGUUCGCCGGCCACGUCGCCCACAAUGUCGAAUUCCUCGUCGCCGACGCCACCGACGCCGGCUGCACCGGCGUACAACCAGAAGAUGACCGGGAUACCGUGCGUGGCGGCUGCAUCCAGGUACACGGCGCCGGUCCACAUCGACGUAGGCGGCACCAUAUACACGUCCUCUCUCGAAACGUUAACCAAAUACCCGGAAUCGAGGCUAGCGAAAUUAUUCAAUGGCAGUAUCCCGAUCGUUUUGGACUCUUUGAAGCAGCACUACUUCAUCGACAGGGACGGAGGUAUGUUCAGACACAUCUUGAACUUCAUGAGGAAUUCCCGUCUACUGAUACCGGACAAUUUCGCCGAUUUGGAUCUGUUACUCGAGGAAGCGCGAUACUUUGACAUCGCACCGAUGUGCAGGCAGCUGGAACAAAUGAAGAAGGAGCGUAUAAAGAACGGUUCCACGACGACGACGACGAUGUCGUCCUCUUCCCCGAGUCCUCCGCCGACAAACCAACAGGGUGCUCGUGGUACCAGUUGCACCAGCGUGCCCUGUAACCGGGAUUCCGAGAAGAUCCGCGGCAACGAGGCGAAUUGUAGCUACGAAUGCGUUGCUCUUCAUGUCAGCCCCGAUUUAGGGGAAAGGGUGAUGCUGUCGGGUGGUCGCGCGUUGCUCGACGAGGUGUUCCCGGAAACGACCCAGGCGGUGAUCGACGCCAGGUCGGGUGUUGCUUGGCAUCAACAGGACACUCGUCACGUGAUCAGGUUCCCGUUAAACGGCUACUGCAAACUGAAUUCCGUUCAGGCCAUCACCAGGCUUCUGAACGCCGGUUUCCGUGUAGUGGCCAGCAACGGAGGCGGUGUAGAGGGUCAACAAUUCUCGGAGUACCUGUUCGUUCGACAGGCCGUCAACACCUGACGGAACAACGCGCACCAGCGCAAAACGAGCUCGAGGACGAUCCGUUGUCUUCAACGGGAACACGAUCCCGAGUGAGUUGUCCAGGAGAACCCUUCAAGACUGCCUCGCGAACGAUCGUGGAUCCAGGAUGUUACGACUAAUGGAGCUAGCCGUGGUGUUGUAGUACCAGCUUCCCUGGAAGAUCUCGAGAGAUGCAGUAGAAUUUUAUUUAUUCAAACGUCGAGAGGGAUAAGAUGGUUUGAAUAACUGGGAUGUUGAGACGGUGGAAAGAGUUGAUGUACUUGUUAUUAGUAGAGACUUCCGGGUGGUUAUACUUGGAGAAUUAUUCUGAUGUUUCGUUGAUAUUACCGUUAGAUUCAUCAGGGGUGAUAAUUGAUAUUGUACUAAGUAAUUCGUAAUCGAACUCCACUGAUACUUUCUUCAAAUUAUAUUUUAACAAAUCCAACUUUCUUUGCUCGAGUCUUAUGCAGUCCCGAGUUCUCGUAAUUCGACUACGUAUAAGGUUACAGAGUUACGAUCAGCAAAAUUACCGUUAAAAUCGUUGCAGUAUAUUUUUAUGAAAAUCAGCCCGAGGAACAUAAUCUUCUGGAUAAUGUGUCGUGGAACGGUUAUUAAGCUCGUGACCCACUUAUGCAUAUAAGAACUCUUUAUUAAAUAAGGUGUACCUAUAUGUAUUUAAAUGCCAUACUAAUUACUGUAAAUACCGCGAAUAAACGUGUAUCUAUAUCUA